AUGGCUGAAUUAAUUAAUUUAAGUAAUCAACUUAAUAAUGUACAAGUUUCAAGUGCAGAUGAUAAAAAAGAAAUUGAAAUAACACCAAGAGGAAAUCCAUCUUUGUAUCAAGGAGAUAUGCUUUUAACAGAACAACAAGCAUCUUAUUUAAUUGAUGAAGCAAAAUUAAAAAUAGAAGCAAAAAAAUCAAAUAAAACAGGAAGUGAUGUUGAUAAAGAAAUCGUUGAAAAACUUAAAAAAAAUAGAGCUUACAAAAAAGAUUCACGUUCCAAAUGGAGUUUUCCAAUUCCAUACUUUAUUGAAGCUGGUGUUGAACAAACUGUUGUAGAUAAUGCUCUUAAAAAUAUUGCAAAAGAAACUUGUGUUACAUUUAAAAAAUCUGCUCCAUUUAAUAAUAAACCAGGUCUUAGAAUUUAUAAAGGACCAGGUUGUUGGUCAUGGAUAGGACCAAAAUCUGAUAAUAAACCACAAGAUGUAAGUAUUGGUAAUGGAUGUGAAUGGAAUGGUAUUGUUCAACAUGAAGUUUUACAUGCAUUAGGUGUUUUUCAUGAACAAUCAAGACCAGAUAGAGAUGAUUAUAUUGGUCUCAAUCUUAAUAAUGUUUUACCAAAACAAAGAUAUAACUAUGAUAAAUCUUCAAUUGCUUCAACUGAAACUUUUGGUCUUCCUUAUGAUUAUGGUUCGGUUAUGCAAUAUGAUAAAAAAUCAUUUUCUUCAAAUGGUGGACUUACUAUGAUUCCAAAAAAUAAAGAUUAUUUAAAUACAAUUGGACAAUUUGACAAAAUGCAAUUUAAUGAUAUUAAACUUAUUAAUUUAGCUUUAUGUUCAGGAAGAUGUAAAGGAGGUGUUAAAUGUAGAAAUGGAGGUUAUGAAAAUCCAACAAACUGUGGUACAUGUAAAUGUCCAAGUAUGUUUGAAGGAAACACUUGUGACAAGAUUCGUUCAAAUCCAUCAGAAUGUGGUCAAGGUAAUGGUAUAUCAGCAUCUGAUUCUUUUAAAAAUUUUAAACUUCAAGGUGUUAAAGAUUGUGUCUUUUUCAUUGGUGCCACAGGUGGUAAAAAACCUCAAAUUGUUAUAGAAAAAGGAAAAUUCAAUGGAACAGAACGUUGUUUCCCUGGAAUUGCUCUUGAAGUUAAAUUUAAUAAAGAUGUAACUAUUACUGGUCCAACAUUUUGUGGAUCUAUCCAAAAUAAACAAAUAACUGCUGAAGGAUCUCAAUUGCUUAUCCAUUAUGUUGGUACACGUCAAGAUCACUUUUUGGAACUUAAAUAUCGUUCAGUUUAA